UAUCCCAAACCCGAUAGCUUUGCUGCUUGGCCGUCCGCUGCCGUCGAAUUUGAGAGUCCACCGCCGCUGAAGAUCAGAUCCUGUUCCAUCUACUCCGUCGUAUCGCUGUCGGGAUUCUCCAUCCUCCGAUCAGAUUUAGAUUCAGCUUUCCCGUAGAAACGUUGAUUCCGAUCUCACAUCUUCCAUUAAAACACAGACCCUAGAUCGGAGAGAAGGCAAUCUCGUCUCCAUUGAUCAACGGUCGAAAUGACUAGCGGAGCCGACGAGGACGCAGAUGCCGUCCUCAGCGACGUUGAAUCCGACGAACCAGCGCCCGUCGUUCUAAACGAUCCUCCUCCUCGGGAAGAGGCACAAGACGAGAGGCUGACGGAGCUAAUCGCGGAGCUAGAUCGCGAGAAGAAGGCUCGAGAAGCCGCCGAGAGUUCGAAAUCGGAUCUCCAAGCGUCGUUCAACCGGCUCAAGGCACUUGCUCACGAGGCGAUCAAGAAGCGCGACGAGUCCAAGAGGGAGCGAGACGAAGCCUUGAAGGAGAAGGAGAAUCUAUCGAAGGAGCUCGAGAGUGUGAGUAAAGGUAAAGAUGAGGUUUUGAAGAAGCUUGACGAGGCUGUGAGAUCUAGAGAUGGUUUGAAAGCUGAGAUUGAGACUUCCUCUCAUAUGCUGGUCUCUGGGAUUGAGAAGAUAUCGGGUAAAGUUAGCAGCUUUAAGAAUUUCUCGAACGGAGGUCUCCCGAAGUCUCAGAAGUACACUGGUUUGGCCUCUGUUGCCUAUGGGGUUAUCAAGCGUACGCAUGAGAUCGUGGAGGAGCUUGUUAAGCAGAUUGAUACGACUGCGAAGUCGAGGAACGAAGCUAGGGAGCAGAUGGACCAGCGGAACUACGAGAUAGCUAUUGAAGUUUCUCAAUUGGAAUCGACGAUUAGUAACUUGCGGUUGGAGGUUGCGGAGAAGGCUUCACUUGUUGAUGAUUUGGAGAGGGAUGUGAGUGAGAAAGACAAGAGGGUUACUGAGCUUGAGAAAGGUAAUUUAGAGAAGUUAAGUGUCCUUGAAGGUGAAGUUGUGGAGCUGAAACAGUUGGUUGAUGAGUAUGAUGGGAAGUUGAAGACUAUGGAAAUGAAGAUGGUAGCGCAGCGUCCUUUGUUGAUGGAUCAGCUGAGUCUUGUGUCAAAGAUCCAUGACCAGCUUAACGAGGUUGUGAAGAUAGUUGACGGAAAUAGUUCAGAACAGUCUGAGUCUUUCUUUAUGCCUCAAGAGACAGAUAUGGAGGAGAACAUUCGAGCUUCUUUAGCAGGUAUGGAAUCCAUCUUCGAACUGACCAAAGUGGUUUCUGGGAAAACACAAAGUUUGGUGGAAGAGAAAAGCCAUGAGCUGAAGAAGUUGAACGAAACCGUGGGUCUGUUAGUGAAAGAGAAGGAACAUAUUGGUACUUUACUGAGGAGCGCUUUGUCCAAAAGAAUGAUAUCGGAGCAGUCAUCCCAGAAAAACGAAAUGUUUCAAGCUGCAGAGAAUGGUUUGAGGGAUGUUGGUAUUGAUUUCAAAUCCAAGUCUCAGGAAUCUCUUGGUGAUAGUCAAGAUGACCAUAGUACAGAAGAGAAUGAAAUAUAUUCUCUGGCAAGCACAUUGGAGAAUAUUGUCAAGGCAUCUCAACUCAAGAUUGUUGAACUGCAGCAUUCGUUGGAGGAAUCAAGGGAAGAGAUUAGUUCUCUGAGGAAACAAUUGGACUCUCAGACAAAGGAGCUUAACCAGAGAAUGCGCCAAAUAGAAGAACUUAAAGAAAAGGAGAGAAUAGCGAAUGAAAAUGUUGAAGGUCUUAUGACUGACAUUGCUGCUGCGGAAGAAGAAAUAGCGAGAUGGAAAGUAGCAGCUGAGCAGGAGGCUGCUGCUGGUGGAGCUGUUGAACAAGACUUCACGUCGCAGCUGCAUGUGCUUAAAGAAGAACUUGAAGAGGCAAAGCAAGCGAUUAAAGAAUCAGAGAAGAAACUAAAGUUUAAGGAAGAGACGGCCGCAGCAGCCAUGGGUGCAAGGGAUGCAGCCGAGAGAUCUCUGAAACUCGCAGACAAUAGGGCAACUAGGUUGAGGGAAAGAAUACAAGAUCUAAACCGUAAAAUUGAAGAAUUAGAAACCCAUCGAGAUAUGAGUACUUCAAACAGAGCUAGGUAUGUGUGUUGGCCAUGGCAACUUCUGGGGAUUGAUUUUGUGGGAGGUCGAAGAAUUGAGUCGGAACAAGAACAGAGUUCCAACGAGAUGGAACUCGCUGAACCUCUGUUAUGAGAAACCGGUAUUUUAUACAUUUACUCUUUGUAUUUGUUUUGAUUUCUAUGUAUAUACCAGCUGAUAACGUUUAAAAGCUUGAAUUUGUUUUGUUUCAUGUUGUAAUGUUUUUACUGAAUGGAGUUUGAUCUUGCCCCA